CUCGACUGUUGGUUCGUUGGCCUCGCCUCGCGCUUUGUCGGAGCCGCAGACAAUCAAGGACAUGGACGAGGCACGGAGCCAGACGUCGGAGGCGUACGAGAUGGUGUCGCACGAGGACGCGGCGUCGCCCUCGCCGCAGGCGGCCGUCGCGCGUGCCGACGACGUGUACCGCGCCUUUUUCCAGGACGACGACGAGGAUGAAGCGCAGGAGGAGGACGACGAGGAAGGGACGAGGAGACACGCCUUCUUUGACGAGAUCCUGGCUGCGUGCGUGGCCGACAAGAAGGAGAGGGCGCGUCUCUAUCCGUCCAAGGCCAACCGACGGCUGCUCCUGUCGACGAUCUACGGCAGCGCAGCGCUGGACCGCAUCCAGUCCGACGCCCUUGUUCUCUACCUCGUCAUGCGCCGUGGGCUCGCCCCUGCCCGGCGCUUUGCCCGUGCGGCGCGGCUGCCGAGCCACGUCUUCAGCCUGAUCCGCGCCUACUGGCACCUCGACGGCGGCCGCUACCUUGCCGCCGUGCCCCUGCUGCCGCGCGAGCUGGACCCGGCGCAGGCAGAAAAGAUCCUCGCCGUGCUCAACCCGCUCGACGGUGCGCCGUCGCCCGAGGAGGAGACAGAAAAGGCGCUGGCGAUGGACCGCUUCCUCGCCCUCUGCGUGCCCUCUUCCUUGUCCUCGUCAUCGUCGCUGCUCCUUCUCGACGAGCAGCUGGCGCCGGCGCGCAUCGUCAGCCUGUGCCACGCGCGCGGCAUCGUCGAGGCCUGGAACACCGUGCUGCGUAACGACACGCAGCAGCAGACCUCAGCGACGCGAGCCGCAUGCAUCGUCGCCCUCGUCCGCUUCUGCCUUGUGCCCGUCGCCAGGCGUGCAGCCGUGGAUGCGCUCGUGGCCAUGUGCCUCUCUCCGCGCGAGGACGCCGAGCUGGCCGAUGCGCUUCUGGCUUCUGCGCCUGCACUUUCGAAGGGCAACGGUCAGGAGGCGCCACUGCCCGAGGCGGCCCGCGCCACCGCCCUCGACCUCGUCGUCGUCCGCCGCAUCACCGCUGGCCGCUACGUCGAUGCGCUGAGGCUCCUCGCCCGCAUCGCCGCCGCCUCGACGGUCGUCACAGACAGCAAGCUGCGGCACAAGCGCCAGGCACUCGUCGCAGCCGCCAAGGCUGCCCUGACACACGUCGAGCGCAGCCUGCUCGCCAUCGAGGGCGCCGCCGCCGCGCAUACACUCGGCGAUGGCGAUGAAGACACGGGCGCACGUGACGGCGGCAGCGGCGGCGGCGACAACGACGUGCACAUGGCCAUGUCCUGGGAGGCUGUCCAUCAGAACGGCAAUGGCGACCGUGGCAACGAGAGCAGCGCCGUGCAGCCGCUGACGGCAUCGCCAGCCGUGCGUGCGUCGCCGCUGCGCCAGGGCGGGCGCGGGGCGGCCGAGGCCCAGUCGGCGCUCCUUGCCGCCGUCCUGCGCGCCAGCCCACGGUCGCAAUCGCGCUCGCAGUCGCAGUCGCAGUCGCCCACGCCACCGCGACCGGUGCGGACGUCUGCUUCGACGGCGGCUGCCUCUGCAUCGCCACUGCGGGCCAAGUCCCGCCUCGCCUUCCGUGCCUCGCCGUCAUCCUCGCCCUCUUCCUCGUCCCCUGCCGCGGCGGUGGCCUCUCCUGCGCUGCGCACCGGCCAGCGUCCCUACUCGCUCGACGACAAGAGCGCAUCCACUGGAAACAAAAGCGGCAUGGUCACUGCCCGCGAAAGCAGUUCAUUCACCGAGAACAGCAACGACGGCGCAUACAUUGGCCACGGCGCCAGCCAGCAAGCCGGAGCGGCCGAGGCGCAGGCUGAGAUUGACGGCGAGGCAGAGGCUGCAGCAGCAGAGACGGGGCCGUAUGCGCGCCUGGCACGGCAGCUCCAGGCCCACUUCUCGGCCGCAGCGGGCAGCAGCGGGCCGCCGUCGCCAUCGGACGUGCUGCAGCCGCUGCUGCGCCGGCGGGGCGCGCGAGAGAGCUCGAGCCAAUCGCUGGCUGCGAUGGACGUCGAUGGCGGUGCGGACUCGAACAGGCAGGGAGAAGAGCCAGCGAGGGACAAGGCAUCGCUGAUGCAGCGCCCCGCGCGGCGCUACGAGGCCACGUACAAGAUCGACAGCUCGGGCAGGCGCAGACAGGCGGAGAAGGACGACGACGGCGAGCACGACGACGGAAAGCAGGAGCAGGAGACGCCGGCCAAGGCGCGCAAUACGCGGCGCACGAGAGCAGCGGGCGCGAGGAAGGGCGCGGGGAACAAGAAGAAGGAGCAGAGUGAAGGAGAACAGGCAGAAGAGGAGGAAGGACAGGACCAGCUCAUGGAGCUCGCUGAGCCCCCGCGCAAGCCGGCCACAACAAGGCGGGGCAGCCCGACGAAGAAGAAGACGACGAAGAAUGCGGCGACAAAGGAGCCAGCCGUGGCGGCACCUCGACGGAGCACGCGCCUCAGCAGCGCCGAGCCAGCCGCACGCACACCGCUGACUGCCUCGGCGACGCUGCCCGAGAUGCGCGAGCUGAGCAGCGCGACGGCGACGGCGACGGCGACGAGCACGCGCGCAAAGGCCCGCUCCACGCGCACACGCUCUGCCUCGCCCAGCAAGCGCGCACCCGCGCAGGAGCAAGGAGCAGACGACGACGACAACAACGAAGAAGAAGAAGAGGAAGUGCCGCGGCGACGGACGCGAACGAGGAGCUCGCGCAUGGACAUGCCCGGCGCCUUCUGAUUCUAUUCAAUCUAUUUGUCUGCUU